AUGUCCAUUCCCGCGCUCGUGCUUCCGCGGAUCACCGUCUACGCCGGCGGAGUAGACUCCGGUGCUAGAGAUUGGCCUCACCUACAGGGACUGGAGCUUGCGGAUCCGGAGUACGGCGCUUCUGACCCAGUCGACAUACUCCUCGGAGCAGAUAUCCACGCCGCCAUCCUCUGCCAAGGCCUACGCAAAGGACGCCACCGCGAAUUGGUGGCCCAAAACAUGAAGCUCGGGUGGAUCCUAUCGGGAGCUAUAGGUGAAGCCACCGCUUCUUCAAGGGCCCAUACUCACCAGUGCCGUGUCGAGGAGGAUCUCGCGGGAAUGGUGCGCCGCUUCUGGGAGCAGGAAGAAAUGCCGCUGGCCGCCACAACGCUAUCCAAGGACGAUCAAGAGUGCGAGGAUCACUUCGUCCGCACGCAUACCCGAGGGCCCGACGGGCGAUACACUGUGCGCCUUCCUGUCGUUGAGCCGCUACCGGAUCUCAGCGGAACCCGUCGAGCAGCACUACGAGUGCUAAAACACAUGGAGACCAGAUUUUCUCGAGACGCCUCGUUCCAUGAGUUGUACGCCGAUUUCCUGCGCCAAUAUGCCGACUUACAUCACAUGACGCCGGCCUCAUCGGACGCUGACCGGGUCAACAAGCGGCUCUGCUAUCUUCCUCAUCACGGCGUGAUGCGGGAAGCUAGCUCCACGACCAAGCUGCGGGUCGUGUUUAAUGGCUCGUCAAGAUUGCCGUCGGGAGAGACCCUCAAUCAGCACCUGCAAGUCGGACCGAACCUACUACCAGCGCUUGCUGAUAUUCUGCUGCGGUGGCGUCGUCAUCGAUAUGCCAUUGCCUCGGACAUCGAAAAAAUGUAUAGGCAGAUCGACGUCCACCCUCAGGAUCGCGACCUGCAAAGGAUUGUGUGGCGUGAAGGUAAAGAUAUGGACAUCAAGGAGUUCCAACUGAACACCGUGACUUACGGGUUGGCGUGCGCUCCCUAUUUGGCGAUUCGCACUCUCCGACAACUCGCGGAUGACGAAGCCUCCAGGUGGCCCCUCGGUGCGGACGUCCUUCGACGGGACGUCUACAUGGACGACGUCCUGACGGGGGCACCAACCGUUGCUGAGACUGAGGAGAUCCAGCAGCAACUCACGCAGAUCUGCAGGGCGGGCGGUUUCCCGCUGAAGAAGUGGUCGGCCAACCAUUCGUCAUUGCUCGAGAGUCUGCCAGCGGAGGACCUUCUACAGCGGGAGCCCCGGUGGUGGCAACCAGGUGAGAGCCACGCUACCUUGGGCCUCAGAUGGCACCCGCACAAUGACAACUUCGCCUUCUCGACGCCAACGAUGCGGCUGGACAGGAUAUCUAAAAGGACAGUCCUGUCACUAACGGCCAAGUUAUUUGACCCGAUGGGAUGGCUCGCACCCACCACGGUGCGAGCCAAGAUACUUAUACAGUCGACGUGGUUACUGGGAGUCGACUGGGACACACCGCUCCCCGACGGCGACGCUCAGCGGUGGCUGGAGUUCCAGGCGGAGCUACCUCUGUUGGAGAGCAUCCGCGUUCCCCGCUGGCUGAAUAGCGGAACUGGCUGCCGGAGGGAAAUCCAUGGCUUCGCCGACGCAUCUGAAAGAGCCUACGCCGCAGUCGCUUAUCUGCGGACAGAGGAUCGGGAAGGACGUGUAGAGGUCGCGCUAGUUACCGCGAAAACCAAGGUAGCGCCGCUAAAGCAGAUAACUCUACCACGUUUAGAACUUUGUGCAGCAACGCUGCUCGCUCGGCUCAUCAGUCACAUCCGUCACGUCCUGGAAGCAACGGAGGUGCCCCUUCACCUCUGGUCGGACUCUACCGUAGCUCUAGGAUGGAUCCGUGGACACCCGACUUCUUGA